AUGCAGGGAAUGGGGACUAUCCGGCUGGGGAGAAGGGCGGUGAUGUACACAGUGGAAACCAUUCCUAAAGGGAAGAACCGAGUGCUGGGGACCAUCCAGAUCAUGACUGGCUUCAUACACAUUAGCUUUGGGAUCAUUCUCAGCACCUUGACCAGUGUAUAUGCCUCAUUCUUUGUGUCUGGAGAGAUCCCCUUCUUGGGAGGAGCAUCCUACAUUGUCUCUGGAUGCCUCUCCAUUGGUGCUGAGAAGAGCCCUACCGAGUGUGCAGUGAAGGGCUCCCAAGCCAUGAAUAUCAUCAGUGCCAUCUUUGCAUUACUUGGAAUACUGACUUUUAUAGUAGAUCUGAGCAUAAAUGGACCAUUUUACUCUGAAGAUAGCCAUCACUAUUCCUUGGUUAUGACGGGCAACAGGAUUGCCAUUGUGUUGCUGACGUUCACUAUCCUGGAAUUUUGCAUUGCAUCUGCCACUGCCUAUUUUUGGUGCCGGGCAACCCGUUCUGACUCCAACGAGGCCAUAUUGAUUGAACCAAACACUAUCAGGACAGAUGCUGAGAUCCCUUGCAUUGAGUCAUCUGCAAAUUAUCCACCAAAUUCCAAUGAUGUAAGUUAUGAUCUAAAAGUAGAGACCGUAUAGAAGACUCAAGGAGGAACAAUGAUGAAGAAAUUACACCUCUUUUGAGGUAAACGAAAAA